AGGCCGUAUCGUAUGAUUCCCUACGGCAGAAAUAACAGGUUCACUGGCCGCCAGGAUCUAAUUGAGUCGCUGAGGAGGUAUUCUGAACGUAAAGGGCACAACCGGAUCGCGCUCCAUGGAUUGGGCGGUUCUGGGUAUGUAUUCAUGAUCGCCAUUUUAGGAGCCUACUAACCUCGUUUAGGAAGACCCAGAUUGCCCUCGAAUACCUCUAUCGGCGCGCAAGCGAGAGCGAAUGUGAUGUUUUCUGGGUGCACGGGAGUGGCCUACCAAAAUUUAGCGACGACUUUAGAGCGAUAGCACAACAUGUUCGAAUUCCGCCACCCAGUGCCGAGCCAGACGAAGAGAGUCUCCUGUUAAAUAUCAAGAGGUGGUUCGAAGGUCCAUCCAGUGGCGAUUGGAUGCUGGUUAUUGACAACGCCGACAAUGAGGAGGACUUUAUGGGCAACCGCGGUCGCAUUUCCAAAUUUGUACCACAAGGGUCUCGGGGUACCUUGAUACUCACCACCAGAUCAACCCAGGUUGCAUCACGAGAGCGUUGUGAAAUGAUUGAGGUCAGAAAAAUGGCGGAGAAUGAUGCCCAAGAAUUGCUUUUGAAACUCUUGGGUAACGUGAACUGCGGGAGAGAUGGAGAAAAAGAUGCGAUCACAAUGAUCCUGCAAUCUAUACAUCACAUCCCACUGGCUAUCAUAGGCGCAGCAUCCUUCAUGACAGAAACCCACACUCCGCCUUCUACUUACUGGUCUAUUUUUCUCGGAAGCGACGAGCACGCCAAGAGGCUUCUUUCACGGCCGUUUUGCGAUAUCCAACGAGAGACCGACAUUACUGAGAGCACCCUCACUACGUAUUUCAUCACCUUUGACCGGAUUGCAAGGGGGAUGCCCCUAGCGGCGGAUCUUUUGCGUUUAAUCGCCUUCUUCGAUCGGCAGAACAUACCCGAAGAGCUAUUGCGCCAAAGCGGGUUGGAAGGGAUAGACGAUCAAAUCCAGUUUCGUGAGGGAAUUGGAAAACUAUUAGGAUUUUCGCUAGUUACGGCCAUCACACAUGAGGACAAGACAUUUUACGAGCUACAUCGAUUGGUGCAA